AUGACUCAGAGGGAAGAAAGGCGGAGAGAUCAGGUGAGAGUUGCAGCAGGAGGAAAAAGGGAGGGAGGCAGAGAAGUAGAAGGAAAGGGGCAGAGCAGACUCAGUCCCCACGGGCACAGAGGAAAUUGCUGGAGGAGCACAGAAAAGCAAACUUUCUGCAUUUCUGGUCCCUGGUCUUUCCCAGUUUUGGAGGUACCGAUACAUCAGUGCCAGAUUUACGUAUAAGCUAAACAAGCUAUAUAUUGGGCCCCACACUCUUUGGGCCUUCAAAAAAAAUUAAAGAAAAAAACCACUGGAUGUACAUUUCCAAAAUAUAAGAUAAAAAACAAAUAAAAUAAAACCAGUGUUUUGUGUUGUGUAGGCCCCUAUGAUGUAAAUAAUGGGCCCCGCCUGCUAGCCAGCUAUCCAAAAUAUCACUGGUUUGCUCCUUUCUAUGUAUAGGGUGCCUACAUUCUGCAUGGACUGGUUAUUUUGUUAUGUGCAAAUGGCUUUAGAUACCUAUUAGGUCCAUAAAUUACCAUAUAGCAUAUAUGCAACACAAAAAGCAGCAACCUUUUGUUGUUGACAAAGGACAGCUGGACAUGUAAAGGGCUCCAUUGCUUUCAGUAGCUUAGGGCCUCGUCAAACCUAAAUCCGGCCCUGGUGCCGGUACAGCUGUUUGACAAGGGUGCAAGGGAACCUAGGUGCACCUCUGACAAGCACCUUGAAUUUGACCCAGUAGCAUAUCGCCAGGCAGUGCAAUGCCUUCAUGACCUCUGUGAAAUGAUGUUGACAAGCUGCUAAGCUCAACAUGCACAAGCCGCAGCACGCGGUCCAUUUUUGAAGGCAGCCCCGUAAAGAUCCCUUUACAGUAGUCCAACCAAGUGUUGUUUGAGGUUGCAGAAAUACAAACUUGAGGAAGCAUAAUGUCACCGUUGUGACAUAACAUUUAUUCCCUGUGACAAUAAUGGGAAUCCUAUAGAGAGUGUUUUUAUUUUUGUGUAAAAUGGAGACGUCUGAAUUGUUAAGGUGCAUUAGACAAUUGGUAACUUGAAAGGGCCUUCAUUCGGCAUUUUGUGGUCCUUCUAAAAUGCCAAACAAAACAUUGGAGCCCAAGUGGAAGUAAACAAAAUUAUAUGCAGCACAAUUGAUCCAAUACGGAGCAUCUUUAAAUUCCACUGUGCAAGAAAUGCUUGCCAUUCACUGGAUCUUGCCCAUGUUUAUUGCAGUUCAUCAUGAUUCUAUUUAAAUUUGGAAAUUAAAUAAAAAACACCACAGUGAAACACUCGAGGAAAAUUUUCUCUUCAUUCCCUUCUUCGCCGUUCUGCCUCCUUCUCUUCCAAGGAAACAAGAUUAAUGGCAUUUUUACUGGAAUCGGUCUAUUACAAGAUGAUUACAUUUAGAUUAAGGAAUGGUAGAUUUAUAGAGAACUCAAAUAUAUUGAAGAUGGAGAGCUCAUUUAAAGGGCUGGGAAGAAUUUAUGGGUUGUAAAUACAGAUGCUUUUUAUAUAUAUAAAGAAUGCUUGUAGUUUGUCAGUAAAUGCAAGUUAGAAUACAAUCACUGUUCUAAGCUAAGUUUUUCUUCAAAUGAUCAGGUCUCUUAUUCCACAUUUGGUUGGGAUUGGCAGUGUGCCCCUUCCAAUCCACUUUGUCACUUGUUAUGGGACAACCUUUUUCAUUGUACGCCUUUACAACGUGGGUGUAAAGUCUGGGUGUUCCUGGGCUAAAACUUCCAUCACCCCUGACUGUCGACCAUGGUGCGGAGAGGAAUGGGGCACUGAUGGGAGUUGCAGUCCAAGAACACUGGAGGGUCACAGGUCAGCUACCACUGUUUUAUAGAACCGGAUAGUUUCUCUUGCUGCUUGCUUUGGUAGUUGAAGCAACCCUUUUGCUGCAUUCAAGACUGGAAGCACCGAUCACUCCCGCACUGUAAAAAUAAUAAUAAAGAAUGAAUACUGGUUCCUGGUGUGGACAAGGGCUACUGACAUUUGCAAGGGCAAUGAUGUCGUGCACUUGCAUGUUGUGGACGGAGACCCUUCCUGCCUCCACCACCACCUCCGUGCUAGAUUACCAGGCAGUGGAUCCCAACAGUUCUGCUGAGCUAAGUGCACCUCUCAGCCAUGCCCCAUCUGAGGAGUGCAGUUGCUGAGCAGGGACCUACAUAGCGUGAGGUGGUACCUGAGGAACCCUUGGUUGCAAGUUGUUUCUGUGGUAAAGAGCAACAACUAUUCACAAAAUGAGCACAGUUUUGUGGCACCUUAAACGUAUAGGACAUGGGUUUUUGUGGGCAUGUUAAGGGAGGCAGGAAAAGAUAUAUUGUUUAUUAAUAUCCUUCCUAACUUGCGCUAGCAAGUUCUGUAACUUAGCAGAGUUUUACAUUCCCCUUUUAAAGGCACAGUAGAUAUAGCUGGUUGCAGGCUUGUUUAAGCCUCUUAAUAUUAGAUUCCUGGUAAGUUCCCUUAUACCCUCCUUAAAAGAAUAAACACGCCACAAUCUUGUGUAAAGUAUAUAAAAGAAGUUUACUCACAUUAUCAGUUCACAGUUGGAUCCCUGAAGGCAGACUUAAUUACAAAGUAUAUACAUGUGGAUCUAUCCCAUAUGGAGAUAAUCCCAGUGUCCUCUGUUGGCUGAGAGCUGGUUCAACAAUGGAGGAAGUCAAAAAGGAAGAGAUGGCUGCGUGCCUUGUCUUUUUUGUUACCUGGACAGGUAAGGCUAGGCCCACCUCUAGUCACAUGCAAGGAAGGAUGCUCCAGCCCAGGAGGAAACAGGAAGUUUCGACUGGCUGGACCAACAUCCCCUUGCAUGUCCACUCUAGGAAAACAAGGAAUGUUGUACUUGACUGCUCCCAGUGGAUUACAUCCCACAGUUUUCUCAGUAGUGACGCCACAACUCUGGAACCGCAAAAAGGGAGACCAUUGUCAGUAGAUAUGGAUAUUUAUGGAUAUUAGAUAUGGAUAUGGAUAGUAGAUAUGGAUAUUUAAAUCCACAACCUAGGCAUGCAACUCACUGGGCAUUAGGUCUCUCUCUCGCUUUCUCCAUGAGACCAAGCUUAGGAACUUGCCAAAAUAUGAAAACAUGGUUAUGAAGUGGACUCUAACUUAUAAUAAAUUUGUUAUUCUUUAAGGUGCCACAAUACCCUGUUGCUUUAUUCUGUAUUAUUAUUGAUUUUAUUAGUCACCAUCCAAUACAAACCAAUAUUCCAAGUGAAGCAAUAAUACGAUUUAAAACUAAGGCUGCAAUCCUAUGCCUAUUUACCUAAAACUAAGCCUUAUUGAAGUAAUGGGACUUACUUUUGAGUAGACGUGCACAGGAUUGCACUGUAAGAGUUUAAAAUACUAAAGAGAUUGCAGAGGCAACCCUCCAUCCAGCUAGCAAUAUGCAUAGCAGGGGUAGCCCUUAGUUGAAUCAGAAUAAAAAUAUUUUGCUUCUUUGUAUUUGACAUUAUGAAGCUAUCCUCCAUCAUUUUCUUCAAGCAUCUGCAGCUGCGCUCCCUAGAUAUAUUUAUCCAUUUGAGUUCACCUUGAGCUUAUCAUAUGCACAUCACCAUAAAAUGAUUGGGUUCAGUUAACAAGAUGCUUUCUUGGGUAUUAAUAAAACAAAAUGAAGGACUAGAAAUCUAAAUCAUCUUGGCCCAGAAUCUCAUGCCCUGGUGCCCAAAGACCUUACGCUGAUCCUCAUCAUUCCUGGAUAUAAUAAUCACAAACAGCAGCACCAUAUAAAGAUAUAAUUGAAUGAGUUGUUAAUGUGUGGGAUGUGGAAAGCCCUGUGAGGAAAAUUAUGAGGUUGCUUUUGCUCUGUGACUCUUAGGAGCAUUUCACAAAUAAAAAGAUCAAAUCCAUUUAAAAUAAAAUAAAAAAUUAAAAUCGAGGCCAUCACAGAAGGAUUCUGUAGUCUGAGAAAUACAGGUAGAUUUCAAGGCAAAUGUCAAACAGUAAAGCCCAUGGAACAGAUGUCACUUUUUUAAAUUAAAUUUCUUAAACUUUCAUUUGAAAACAACAUAGUUUCAUUGUACUGAGUAGAAGGACUGAAGAACAUAAGUUAACUGUCUGCUAUAAUUAUUAUAUGUACCUGUCUCCUACUGAAUAUAUCUAUAUAUCUUUAUCUAUGCUGAUGACACUCUUCUUCAAUUUUAAAAAAUGUACCUUUCUAUAUCAAGUAUGAAGCAUAAAUACAUCUUCUAUGAAAUAUAUCUGUAUCUAAGCUGAUGAUACUUUUAUUCAACUAUGAAGCAUUAAUCACUUAGCACAGUAAAAAUGACUUUAAAAGUUUAUUUGCUCAUACUAAUCACUGGUACAAUUCUUUUUAAAAUUGUAAGAUCAUCAAAAUAAAAGUGAGCUUUGUUAAAGUUCCAGUAGUAUGAAAUCUCUAAAAAUAAUCCAGAUCUAUGUGUACUUUAUCCAGUUCUAUAUAUGCCAAUUGUAGACUGCAAAAAAAUGUUUCCAGAUUUAUUAUUAUUAUUUAUAUAUAUAUAUAAUAUAUAAAUAUUAUAUUUAUACAGAUGGGCACAUCUGGCUAGUUUUGCCCAGCCACAACUGUGAAAGGAUGGAGAGUUAUUUUUUACACUAAGCCAGAACAGGAAAAAUUAGAAAUCGUGUAUAUUUCACAUCAACAAAUCAACCAUAUGCAAACUGGAUGCCACUGACAUGUCUUUUAGUUAAGCAUUUCUGUUUAUACAUUUUAUGGCUUAGGGCCCUUGUAUCUACGGGACCGCUUCUCCUGGUAUGCCCUGCAGAGGACCUUAAGGUCCAUGAAUAACCAUAGUUUAGAGGUCCCGGGCCAUAAGGAAGUCAGACUAUCCUCCACCAGGGACAGGGCCUUCUCAGUGAUGGCUCCGACCUGGUGGAAUGCUCUGUCCCAGGAGACUAGGGCCCUGCAGGACUUUCUCUCCUUCUGUAGGGUCUGUAAGACAGAGCUAUUCAGCCUGGCGUUCAAUUUGAAUUAGCCUGAUCCUCUAUUCCCUUUCCCCCUUUCCUCUUCUAUGAAGAAACCCUUUCUGGGACCACACAUUUAAAUUCUUCCCUGGCCUCCUUGCUGGCCCUAGUAGGACCAAUUCAGUCAGCUAGCCCUGGGGAUUAUCUAAUUGAUUUUUGAAUUUUAUUGUUAUUCAUGUUUUUAUUCUGUAUUUUAUGCUGCUUUUAUAAUUAAGUGUUUUAAAGUGUUUUAAAUUUGUUGUUAGCCACACCGAGCCCGGUUUUUGAACCAGGAAAGGAGGGGGGGGGAAUAAAUUAUUAUUAUUAUUAUUAUUAUUAUUAUUAUAUUUUUGCAUAUCUCACCUUGAGAACAUCUGAUGAGAAAGCAACUGAGAUUUGGGUUUUAUAUAUAUAAAUAAUAAAUAAAUAAAUAAAUAUUAAAAGAUAGGCUAGAUUAUGGCCUCAGAUUGGGGUAGAGCCCUUGAGAUGCUGUUCAUCUCUGAUCAUCCUCAGCCUGAAGGGCCAAUAAUGGAUGAUGGGAAAUUAGUCCAACAUUAUCUGUAGGAAACCACAGUGGCAAUGCUUCCCUCAGAUCAUACAGGAUUAUAAUCUGAAAAUGCUAUUACUAUAAAUUGAAAUGAAAAGUGGGGAGUCGGCUCAUUUUUUGUAAUGUAUAUGUCGCUUUUACCGAAAUUGCAGAGCUAUAUUAAUUCAUUCCAAUUGGAAAAUAACUCCGGAUAGGUAUGGAUUUGAGCAGAGACAGAUUAUGAAUUACCAAAUUGUUAUUUCUUCCUUUCUUUCGGCUGCCACCACAAAUGACAGCGGCAGCCAUGUUGACAGCCUGACAACCAUUUUGCAUCCAUUCUGUGGCAUUGUCGGGGGCGGGGGUGUUUGCUGCCAAACAAACAAAAAUGGUUUAAAAUAUUCAGGGGGAGAAAUCUAUGCGUUAGACUUCUACCCCCUGAGGAGUUUGAAAAAUAAAAAUCUCAGAAAUUUUCUCAGGGGGAAAAAACAAAAACUAUUUUACAGCUAAUCUGUAAUUCCAUUGCCUGAGCCUAAUCUCCAAUGAGAACUAAGCCUGGUCUACUUCUGCUUUCUUGUCUUAGCAGCCAGCUGAGCUACUUGAUCUCAUCAGCUUGAAGUGGACUUUUAUUGAUCACCAGAAAAAUAGAAUAUCUAUGAAGGGGGAGGACUUUGAAGUCCUGAAAUGUAGUCCAAUCCAUUUAACUGAGAGGCACUUAGACCUGCUUCAUAGACUUAGACCUUUCUGCACUCAGAUACAUAAUGUGGGAGGUGUCAGUGACGCAAAGUGCACAUCCAUGCAUUUUUCAGUGCUCUCCUUUGUAAAAUGCACAUCUUCUUGACCCACUUGCAGGCCCAGGCUGUGCGCACACACACACACACACAACCGGCUCAGAUGCGCUACCAAAAAAUGACACCACACCACUGAAUGGGAUCAAAUCAGGCUGCAACUUUUAUUGACUACAGAUGAAGAAGUUUGGCCUAGGCCAGGCUUCCUCAGCCUCGGCCCUCCAGAUGUUUUUGGCCUACAACUCCCAUGAUCCCUAGCUAGCAGGACCAGUGGUCAGGGAUGCUGGGAAUUGUAGUCCCAAACAUCUGGAGGGCCGGGGUUGAGGAAGCCUGGCAUAGGCAAUAGGUAACUGUUAUGUACUGAAAUAUACUUGGAGUCGAGAGUGGAUUUCAUGCUCUUUAUUCAGCUCAUAGUGGUGAGGAGGAAUGGGUUCCCCCAAAGUAUCUGCUUUAUAUACAUUAUUUACACAGUGGGCUGCACGUGAUUGGCUAAUUCCGGGAUUCUCCUGUAGGCCAAUCAGGUUGUGGAUUCACUUCCUUCUGGAGCUGGAUUGGGUGGCUCCUGCGGACCAACCAUACUGCUUCAUUGUUCUAGGAUCAAUCAGACUGCUGCAUUCUGAAUCCUAUUGUUGUAGGACCAAUCAGACUGCUGCAUUUUGGAUCCUAUUGUUCUAGGACCAAUCAGACUGCUGCAUUUUGGAUCCUAUUCAACUCAGUACAUAACACCCCUUCCCUCCAAGUUCCAGUCCUGACCGGGAGGUUGCGUAUUUAUAGUCCUCAAGGUACGCUGGCCACCUACGUGUGCGUUGCAGCCUGGGGUGUUCCCUGGUCCGGGGUUCGGGUUCUGGCUCAAAUAGGAUAUUGAAUAGGAUAUUGACUAGGAUCCAAAUUGCAGCAGUCUGAUUGGUCCUACAACAAUAGGAUUCAGAAUGCAGCAGUCUGAUUGGUCCGCAGGAGCCAUCUAAUCCAACUCCAGGUGGAAGUGAAUCCGCAACCUGAUUGGCCUACAGGAGAAUCCCGGAACUAGCCAAUCACGUGGGUCCCAUUGUGUAAAUAAUGUAUAUAAAGCAGACAUUUCGGGGGAACUUCCAUUCCUCACUAUUAUGAGAUGAAUAAAGAGCAUGAAAUCCACACUCGACUCCGAGUAUAUUUCAGUAACCAUUUAUUUCCGGCCCACCUGCUGGAAAUGACAUCAGGGUCAAACCAGCAGUGGGGAUUCCUAUGGCUUACAUCAAAUAGGGGGAUCCCUGCGAGGAUUGUUGCCUUUAAGUCACAACUGGACCUAAUGGUCAGGGGUCCCUUUACCUUUACCUUAUACCCAAUAGCACUAGCCCAGCUAAUAUAAAAGAGUAGUAGUAAAGGUAAAGGUAAAGGGACCCCUAACCAUUAGGUCCAGUCGUGGCCGACUCUGGGGUUGCGGCGCUCAUCUCGCUUUAUUGGCCGAGGGAGCCGGCGUACAGCUUCCGGGUCAUGUGGCCAGCACGACUAAGCCGCUUUUGGCGAACCAGAGCAGCGCACGGAAAUGCUGUUUACCUUCCCGCCGCAGCAGUACCUAUUUAUCUACUUGCACUUUGUGUUUUCGAACUGCUAGGUUGGCAGGAGCAGGGACCUAAGCAACGGGAGCUCACCCCAUCGUGGGGAUUCGAACCGCCGACCUUCUUAUCGGCAAGUCCUAGGCUCUGUGGUUUAACCCACAGCACCACCCGCUUCCCAAUAUAAAAGAGUAUUAGUAGAUAAGAAUAAUUACUCUGUAGAGGUUGUUCCUCUGGAUGUGAAUAGCAAGAGCAGAACCAACAUUCUGGCUUUUCUUAAGUGGAAAACCGCACAGUAAACACAGAAAACAUGUGCAGAGUGGGUCUCCACCACUCUCACUGCAUCUGCAGAGUGCUGUUGAAAUGCGCACAAUGUCAAUGUGUUUUGGAUUACUCGCCUGUCUCCCCAAACUGGCUGCCUGCAUCUUUAAUGCGGAAUGGAUGCCCAUCUACGUCAAAAUUGAUGUUUCUCUCCAGGAUGAACAAGGAAUGAGAUACCAAUCCUCUGUGAGUGGGUUCAUUCCUUAACCUUUACUCAGAAACAUGCCCAUCACUGUAAACAUUUCAAGAUGAGAAAUAAGAGUGUUGCUAGCUAACCUUAGCAGAAUGUUGAAUUACUGGGAUGCAUUUAGAUGGUUCCUCGGGGUUUCCCUGACUUUCCCAUCCAUUUUUGUUAGAUAUCAUGAUCUCGGGGUGUCUAAACCUGAACAACCAGCAAGGAACUGGCAGCAUUUACAAAAUGGUUAUGAUGUGUGCACAUUCAGCCCAAUCUGAAAUAAGUUAACUCAGAAUAGCAGCCGCUCUUUGCUGUUAUAGCUGACUUUCUUUUAGGGUAAGAAAAUAAAGCAGAGAGAAAGACAAGUUCCUUACCAAAUCUUGACACCUUGAUUGCAAAUGGAAAAUUAGCCAUUUCCCACCCCCGGCAUUUUAACAUUUCGAAAGGUUUUUCUUGGCAAAGCUUGUCGCCAACACAACAGGAGAUAUGAAGGGGAAAUAUUAACUGACCUUGAUAACCAAACACCUUGGGGUGGGGGGGAUUGACUGACCAUUCAAGUGUAUAAAACUGUACUGUACAAGACAAGAGAAGAAAGCUAGUAAGACAGAAAAAGGCUGCAAAAGGAACUAUUUGGAAAACAUAUAUUUUCUAAAGUAAGGUAUUGUUUAUGGGUGAGCUUUGGUAUGUAGCUAUGUAGAGAUUUGGUAAUUUGGAGGGUGGGAGAAAUCUGCCCCGUUAACAUUCAUAGAUAUCACCUUGGCAAAGAUGAUUUCCUGGAGAAUUAAUGGCUGAGUGGCACUAAUGGCCCUGCGCAAUGCCUCAGGCCACCAACUCCCAGCCAGCAUUUAAUCUGCAGGAAACGCAUUGUGCUUUGACUGCAGCUCAGAAUGAGCAUUCAGCCUGUUAUUCUGGAAUCUCUCUCUCUCUCUCUCUCUCUCUCUCUCUCUCUCUCUCUCUCUCUCGAUAAAAGGACCUAGAAUUCAGAGUCACACCCCCAACACUCUCACCCAUAAUUUUGCAAUCAGACUCAAAAGAGCAAUGAAAAUGCACAUUCUAUGAUCCGAAUGAAUGAUUUCAAUUACAGACAUGUGUAUGCUUGUUUACAUUGCUUUUUCCCCUUCAAAUUACCAAAUGGCAGGCAGUUUUAUGGGUGAAAUAGAGAAUAUGGAGGGGGGGGGAUAUAGAAUAUGAAAGUACUAUAUAAAAAGGAAAGUAAUCUAGAGUAGAUGUUACAGUCUACUGAUCAUUGGGAGCACCACUUAGAAGGCAGCCCCCCUGGUGUUGACUGGGGGAGAUUAGGAUGCUGUGCAGACCCCCUCUCUUGUCCGCCUCUGCUGGCAGAGAGAUGUGCCACCGAUGCAGGACCAACGUUUGGUGGCCCCAAGCUGCAGCCUGACAGUGUCAAAAAGUGUGCCAACAGUAAAUCACACUGUUCAAAGUUGGAGUUAACUCUUUAUUAGCAAAAACAUGAUCUUCACAGAUUUGGCAGAGUGUCAUGCCUAAAGAGCACAGCAGUUCAUCCACAGCAGGUCUUACCCCAUCAAUCAGUUGCUGAGACUGAAAGUCUCUGCCUCCUCACAGGUGUCUAAUUCCCCUCCUCUCCAGGGCUUUCCCCAAGCAAUCAGAGACAGUUCCACCCAUUUCAGCCCUCUUCUGGUUCAGGAAGACAAGAGGAGCUUGUUUGCUGUGACUCCUGGAAACUGUGAGUAAACGAUUCACUUGUUUGCAAAGCCAGUGUGGUGUAGUGGUUAAGAGCGGCAGUCUGGUAAUCUGGUGAACCGGGUUCGCGUCUCUGCUCCCCCACAUGCAGCUGCUGGGUGACCUUGGGCUAGUCACACUUCUCUGAAGUCUCUCAGCCCCACUCACCUCACAGAGUGUUUGUUGUGGGGGAGGAAGGGAAAGGAGAUUGUUAGCCGCUUCAGAGUACUCCUGAAGGAUAUGCAUACAUCCAAAGCUCAUACCUCGUACCUCACAGUGCUGCUUCGUAAGUCUAUGAUUUAUUCUAUACUAAGUAUUUUUGCAGGAAACAUUCGUUUAAAUUUAGAUGAGGGCACAUGUAAAUCUAACCAAUGUUUCUAGAUGCUGACUUCAGAGCAGGUCACGGACAGUCUGUGCUCAACCUCUGUUAGGCUGGAGGGCAGGAAUCUUUCUUCCAACCUCUGCAUUUCCAACCAGGACAGCGGAGGGCCGCUAUCAGGAACAAUUCUCAACAAGCAGGCAGUUGCUGAAUUAUAACUGCCCGUGACAGCGGAGAACUACACAACUGUCGGAGAGACCUGAGCUCUGGAAGGUAGGCAGGGGACAUAGACUUCAUGUCGCCAUUCAGUAGGUCAUGACCUCUGAAAGCUGGCGAAGUCUUGGUCCCCAUCUAUCCAAAGCUGUCAGCUAGGCUCUGACUUCCGCAAGCAGCGGCAGCGCUGCCGCUAGUCAUGCUGGCCACAUGACCCGGAAGCCUGUCGCGCUGAGAUCAGCGCGCCAGGCUCCGCGGCCUCUACGAGUGAGCAUGCAGCGCGCAGCCGCUGCAGAGUCGCCGCAUGACUGGACCUAGCGCGUCAGAGAUCACGCGCUCAGCCUUUUGGAUCUCUUUGAAAAUCGCUUUGCCCUUCCGCUGCUGCGGAGAGCCAACUGCCAUCAUUACACAGCUGCGAUCAGCGCGCCUAAGGCUGUAGCGGACUUCUCCUUCGAGCAGCAGCAGUGGUGCCGCUGCUCGACGGAGAGUUGCCUCGCAAGCCGGAAAACUGCGCUGAGCUGAGAGCAGCGUUUCCAGGCUUUGCGAGAUGCCUCCGCAACAGCGGCAGCUGCUAUGGCGCUGCUCGCAAGACGAGAAUGUCUUGCCGAGUUCCUGCGCGGUUUAUUUCCGCGCCCAGGCUUCGCUGACUCUCCGCGAGCAGCGGUAGCGCUGCCGCUGCUCGCGGAUGAGCUGCAUGCCAAGCCUGCGCGCUGAGAUCAGCGCGCUCAGGCUCGCGAAGCCGCUCAGCAGCAGCUAGUAGCGCUAAUGCCGCUGAGAUCGCCAUCAAUGCCGGCUUGCCGCGCUAAGAUCAGAACACCCAGGCUCAGACGAAGAGACUCCCAGAGCGGCUUCUUUUGCAGCCUAUGCGAAGUCACCACUGUAGUCUCCGAAACGGAAACCCUGUGUCUAGCGGGUUUUCGUCUACGAAGCUCAUACCUGGUGCACCACUGUACUUAGUUGGCCUUUAAGGUGCUACUGGAACAUCUUUCAAUAAAUUUUAAAAAAUAUAUUUCAUCAUUGUUAUUUAUUAUGACAGACCAACAUGGCUACCAAACUGAAUCUGUACUUCUCAACAGGGAAAUGGUGCAAGGAGGAAAAGGGUUAAGCACUCCUCCACACCCCUGUCUCAUAAUCUCAAUCUGGAUUAGGGUCCCUGUGGGAUUGAUUUGUGAAAGAGGCAGUAGUUGCAAGUCUGUGGUUUUCAAAGCAUGUGUUUAAUGUGCAUAUUAACUAUGACUGAGAAAAAUAAGGUGAAUUUUGUCUUAUUGCUGACAGCUGUUGUGGUUUUAGCACUCUAAAUCGUCAAUUUAACCACUAAGAACGACCAUCAGUGCCACUUUUAAACAGUUGCCUCUGUGAUUUCUAAGGGGAAACCUUGUCUGCACUUACCUAUUAAUGUAUGAUCUGCCUUAGAUUUGGCCAACCCCUCUUUCUUAAUUAAGUUUACAUUGAAAAUAUGUUUUCUAUUGUCAACUGACCUUUUAAAUGCUAAUGGCAAAUGUAACCUCUGAAGUGUUAUUGCAAUCUUACGACUGCACUAUUAAUGCCAUCUUUGUGUUGUCAGAUUUACGUUGAUACCGUGAGAUAACUUUCUCUUGAUUCAUGAAAACCUAAGUUUCAUUUAUCAGAGUUUUAUCUGAUGCUUUGGUAAUUGUGAUACAAGUUACCAUUAUUCUUGCAAACAGCCAGUUUACAAUUUAUUCUCAAUCAAUAGAAUAACUUGCAUGCUUCUGGUAUUCUGUGAAAUUGGUUCACCUUCACAAAUGGACAUGAGAGAAAGGGGCUUGGCAUCAGUGCCCCCUGGACAGGAUGGUCUAUUCUACCAAGUGAAAGCACUCAAGGGAGCAAUCCUAUGGCAAGUGGGGAUUAGACUGGAUCCUAAACUCAUUCAGCUUGGUCAUGUGACCUGGCAAACUGGCAUAGAAUAUUUUUAAAUGCUUCUUUCCCUUCUGCUAGGAUAAAAUAUGUACUCUACUGGUGUCAUCGUAGUGUUGUAAGCCAAAAUGGCUUAUCUUCUGAGUUUAUGCCAAUAAAACUCAGAGACAAGAGGAGUUAGGAGUCCAUUGUUGUUUAUUGCAAAGCAAUAGGUUACAGUCAAAUCUUUUCGCCAAACUGCAACCUGCCCACGGGUCAGGGCGGUGGUAUUUAUAACAUUUCAAACAAAGGAUUUGAAUUUUCACCAAUCAUGUACAUCAUUACCUCAUUUCAUGUUUAAUACACAUGCGCAAUAAGCGUUGCAAACUAAACUUUGAUUCUCACCGUGAUCUAUUACAUUGUGUUAGUGUGCAUGUUGGGAACCUAUGUUACGUGUAGCCCUUUGCACCAUGUAUCAACUUACGUUCUAGCUUAUGAGCUGUAUCUUCUUGAUUUACGUCUUAGCUGUCCUUCUGUCCCAGUGGGGGAUGGCAUCUUGCAAAAUCAUCAGUUUCUUAAAGCAACAGGUUACCAUAACGUCUCUAUUAGGGGCAUAUUGAAGGAUUUAUAGGGGUUCACAUUAUCACAUUCAUUGUGGCUCUUUGGGCCACUACCACAUUAGGAAGAGUUGAGACAUCAGUGUAGCUAUUUAUUUAUUUUUAACCAAUAAGUGUACACAGUAGGGAUGGAGAAUGUAUAGUCUGCCCAGUUCGGCCCUCUAGUGACACAAUCUGGGGUGGCACCACAGCCACCAAUGAAUCUUUGCACUUGACAUGGGAGCCUGGCAUUAGCGACACUAAACACUGGGCACUGUGGAAAACACAACAUUGGUCCUGUCCUAGGGACAUUGGCAUCACCAGGCAAGCCCAUCUGGAAGGAGGGUCCGAAUCUUUCAUAGAUUUCCCACAAUAUUCAAUGUCCUGCAAAGCCAGGAGUUUCAAGUGGGAUUAGUGGCAGUGCCAGGGAGGUGAUGGUGGCGACCCAACCCAGACCUAGUCAGGGGACAGGCGGAACCAGUGGGGCUCUUUCCUAGCAGUAUGUUGAGCCUGCUCAAGCCUUUUGCUGGUCAUGGCAAUCUCAAAAGUCGCACAACUCUCCCCCCAACACACACACACACACACCAAAAUCUGGAAGUGGGAAGAUUUAAAUUUUUGUCUAUGGGAACAGAAUCACCUAGAGCUUGAGCCAACCCGUGUUGUUCUGGAGUUCUGCAACAUCUUUAAGAAAUGGAACUUGGUUCUGAGGGAAUGCAGUGCACCUGUCUCUGAGGAAGAAUAAUCCUUAAAUUGAGCUGGUUCAUAGAAUCAUAGAAUUUUAGAGUUGGGAGGGACCCAAGGAUCAUCUAGUCCAACCCCCUGCGAUGCAGGAAUUGAAGCUAAAGCAUCCAUGACAGAUGGUCACCCAUCCUCUGCUUACAAACCUCCAAGGAAGGAGAGUCCACCAUCUCUUGUGGGAGUCUCUUCCACUGUCAAACAGCUCUUACUGUCAGAAAGUUUUUCCAUAUGUUUAGUUGGAAUCUCCUUUCUUGUAACAUGAAGCCAUUGGUUCCAAUCCUACCCUCCCCAGGAGGAGAAAACAAGCAUGUUCCUUCUGAAAGAAAGAGGGGGGGGACUCACUUUGUACAAUUCACAAACAAAGAACAGAGCAAAGCUCUCAUUCACAAUGCAGUUAAACGAGGCUGUGGAAGCCUAGGUUAUUUCCUACAAUUUUUAAUGUGAAUAAGUUUCACUAUCAUUUUCUGUAAUGCAACAUCUUUUUCCCCUAUUACAUUUUUAUGUGACAUUUGUGGGAGCUACAUGGCUUAAUAAGAUAAAUGGCUUAUUUUCUAAGUGCUUGAACUCAAACAAGAGCACACUCAAAAAUAUCUCAAAGAAGAAAGCUCUCCAUUUCCCUGGAGAUUAUUAUUGUAUGAUUAUGGCAGAUACAUUCCAAUGAAUCUUACAAUUGAUGUUGAUCUUAUUGCAUGCUGGGUGUAAUCAAGAUAGCAAUUUCUGUCCUUGGCUUAGAGAGCUUUGGCCACAGAAACAGAAAUCAGGAAGUAGGUGACCACUUGUCUUGAAUGGUACAGGAAAAACAUUGUUAAAGCAGCAGAGUACCAUCCCAAGACAUUUUGGUGCUUGAGGCAGAACAGUAAAUGACUCCCCUUUCCAAUAUAAAGUGCAUAGGACCCAAGGCUUAGGGUUGCCAUAUUUCAAAAAGUAAAAACCAGGAAGAUGCCCAAAGCAUUGAGCUUUUUUUUUUUUUUAAGGAAACCACCAAAACCGGUCAAGUUAUUUUGACACAGAAAUUUCCACAAUUGCCUUUCUCUGGGAAUAAAUAGUCAAUAUUCCCCUUUCAUGAUGCCCCAAACCAGGGCUCUUUUUUCAGCCAGAACUUGCCAGAACUCAGUUCUAGCACCUAUAUUUUCUAUUUAUAGAAAAAUAAAAAGGUAAAAAAGGAAAAGGACCCCUGACAGUUAAGUCCAGUCACGAAUGACUCGGGGGUUGCGGUGCUCAUCUCGCUUUAUUGGCUGAGGAAGCCAGCGUACAGCUUCUGGGUCGUGUGGUCAGCAUGACUAAGCCGCUUCUGGCGAAACCAGAGCAGCAGACAGAAACGCCGUUUACCUUCCUGCCGGAGCGGUACCUAUUUAUCUACUUGCACUUUGAUGUGCUUUCGACCUGCUAGGUUGGCAGGAGCUGGGACCGAGCAAUGGGAGCUCACCCCGUCACGGGGAUUCGAACCGGCAACUUUCCGAUCAGCAAGCCCAAGGCUCAGUGGUUUACACCACAAUGCCACCCAUGUCCCAUUAUAGAAAAAUAGUCCUGCCCAAACCCAACAGCCUGAGGUGGCUGUCCACGCUGCCUCAUAUACAACUCACCUGUUGUAUCAGAGUCAGAUUAACCAGCUGGUAGGUUUCCAGAUGUUCCUUUUCUCCCCUUCAACUUUUCCCUUUUAUGAAAAUGGCCGUUCCCCAGCCCUGUUGAUGUGAUGUUGCAAAUGUGAUGGUGUCAUAAUGCCACACCGACAUCAGCAUGCAUGCAGAUCUGUCUGGUGCCCAAACACAAUUCAGAAGAAGGGCAACACUUCCUGGGAGAACACUCUUGAAAUAAUUAGUAAAUAAAUAACCAGCGAGCAUAGGGUGACCUCUUUGAAAGUCAAAAACGAGAACAUGAAACACAGCGAAUUGUUUCACAGUUGAAAUAGUGAUGUUUGGUGUUUUUUUAAUAGGUACUGUAUAUAUAAUGUGUAAAGGCAGGGUUUAAUUUUUUUUAUAAAAUGCAGAUGUGGGAAUCCACAUUCUUAGCUUGUUUUGGAGAUAUUAGCUCGUAUUAAUGUAUUAUACUUGAUAGUCCAUACACACCCACGGUCUCCCGUUUAUGAUGCAGUAAAAUUUUACAAACCUCUGUGACAGCAGCAUUUGGCACAGAUGAAUUUGACAAAGCGAUGAUGAGGUCAAUAAGAUGACAGAAUAGAGGAUACAUAAAGAUUCACUCUCCAGGUGGAUAAUUUCCUGGCAGCGCAUAUCUGGGGAGUAAGCAGGGACAUAUAACUUUACAAGUGGGCUUUGGACCUCAGGAAAUGCCUCUCUCAUUAUACAUUCCCCAUUUAUUACUGGGGGAAAAUCCUGUAGUAAUUUUGGAUGUCUUUUAUGUAUACACAGCCACUCUCUUUAAAACAUUGGCUUGAAUUUCAAAAAGAGAAACAGGUGACUGGAAUUUUAUGGUCAGCUAUUGGAGGCCAUUUGGUUUCACAUGACAAUUGUUUGACCUGGGGGGAACGCUCUUUGGGGUUUGUUUCACAAAAGAUAAAAUAGAGCUCCAGCCUAGUUAUGCUUCACUCUUUGUGAAUAACUUUAAAACACCUAUCCUCUGGUAUCCCUGGAAGAUGGCAUUACAUUAUCUUGUCGCAAUCCUUUUCAGGGUCCAUUAAUUUCCAGGUGCAAGCUGGAAUAAUGUAGAAUAAUAUCAUCAUUCCAUUCCAUUUAUACCAUACGUGGAAGAGCAAAGCUGAUGCACGUAGAAAUUUGUACCUGCCACUGACAGAAAUGAAGGCUGAGCCGACACCACAAACUCCCUCAGGCGCAGCAUUGCGGCUGUUAGCCAGCCUCCCCCCUCCCCAUUAUUUAGCAGCUAUCUCUUUGCAAUGUUGUUUGCAUGUUCCCUGUUGGGAAACAAUGAAGUCAGCCACCCACCGCAGCACAAAAAGAAUCCCUAGAUUAAGAUGGGCUAAUAAAACACUCUAAUUAGUGCCACAAUGUGAAUUAUGUCUUCGGGAAAAUGGAGGCUGACGUGGAUGGAAAAAUAAUUAAGGAAAACGGUGGAUACCCGCACCUACAAUUAUGAUAGAAGAGAAGGAAGACCUCAGCAAGAUCUCCGAGAAACAGAAUUAGGAAGCAACUGCUGCAGUGAAAAUAUGCAGGGGAGAAGAACGUGUGGUUCUAAGCUUGAUAUUUUUGCAGCACUUUAAACCCAUUGAUUAUAUUGAUACUCUGGGAUCUACGUUUAAUGGAAAGCUUGAUCUUAGGUUAACACUCUGGCUGGCAGUUGCAUACCACAUCACAAGGGUGUGAUGUUGUUUUGCUACCUCUUCUUUGAUCCUGGUAGAUUACAGAAGCAGAGAAACAUGGCUGAGCUAUUCCCACAGAGGGAGGGAGGGAACUGAAAAAAUACAGUGGCUCUUUGCAGAGCUUGUGUCUGAGGUACCAGCUUUUCAGAAGCUGCUGCAUUACCAGCCUUGUGUGGCAGCUCAUGAUGAAUAUGUGCAGCACAAUCCUAGGCAUGUUUAGCUUGGACAGGAGCCCCAUUGUGUUCAGCGGGGCUUAUUGCCUAGGAAGUGUGCGUAGGAUUACAACAUUGACUUGCAGGGUUUACGUGCUGCUUUUCAACUUGCAUUCCCAAAGCAGGGUGAACCAAUUUUGUGAACCCAUCGAAAAGCAAAAACUGAAGCAAGAGCACAGGAGCAGGGCUGUGCUGCUGUUCCUGACCCACAAUUGCAUGCCUCCCUCUCUACCUGGAGGUAUUAGUUUCAUGAGUUGUGGUUGUCUGCAGGGAGAAAGCCUCUGCGUGUAGAUAGCUGAGAGGUUAGGAAACCAUCCCUGCUGCCUUGAGCUUAUUGGGGGAAAAGCAGGAUAUAAAAGAAUAAAAGCAUGAAUAAAUAAACAACAUAGCUGCGCAGAAACCUUCCAAGUCAGAAUGAAUGCAAAUGGCAAGCUGAUACUUCUGGUCAUAUUUUCAGCCAAGAUUUGCUCAAGCCUUUUGAAACAAUUUAAAUCUAUUAUAAUACAAUAUAGGAAGUUAAGGGAUACAUGGGAGAUGAGUAGCUCAGUAUUUUCUUGGGAGGGGAAGAACUUUCUUAGACAUGGACCAUAAUAGCAGCUCACCAGUUCACCUUGGUAAAGGUAAAGGGACCCCUGACCAUUAGGUCCAGUCAUGGCCGACUCUGGGGUUGUGGCGCUCCUCUCACUUUAUUGGCUGACGGAGCCAGCGUACAGCUUCCAGGUCAUGUGGCCAGCAUGACUAAGCCGCUUCUGGCGAACCAAAGCAGUGCACGGAAAUGCCGUUUACCUUCCCGCCGGAGUGGUACCUAUUUAUCUACUUGCCCUUUGAUGUGCUUUUGAACUGCUAGGUUGGCAGGAGCAGGGACCGAGCAACGGGAGCUCACCCCAUUGUGGGGAUUCGAAUUGCCGACCUUCUGAUCUGCAAGUCCUAGGCUCUGUGGUUUAACCCACAGCGCCACCCGCGUCCCAGUUCACCUUGAGUCACUAGCAAUAAUUGUAUUGGGAACAAGUGCAUGUAUUUGCAAUGCUGGAUAUUCUCUCUGCAUCAGCCACUCAGUGCUAGCUAUCAUUAUGCUGUGAAUAUUCAUUGCAUCUGGAGUCAAUCUGGAUCUGCGGUUUGGAAGGUUCUUCUCUUUGGAAAUAAAACCAUGCAGUUCAGUUUGCCCAACAUUACGCAUUGAGUUAAAUGCGUCUGAUUUUCACAACUGUAGAAGUUUUACUUUGUCGCCACAGUGCUUUGGCAUUUCAGUAGUCUAGCAUGUGCUCCCGACUCCCAGUUGUUUAAGAGUAUUAGCCACAAAGUGACUUUUCAACUUAAAUUAGGCUGUUGAAACAUAGAAAGCUGACCAGGGAUGUGAAAGGAGUGGAAGCCUGACUACCCCUGUUGUGACUCUCUGAUUUUAAAUGUUUAUUGACCCUAACUAUCCCUUUCUGCAUGUAUGCAUCCCAAAAUGUAUAAAACUAACAUUCUUCAUUCUUCUUAAUUUGUGAUUUGGCUGGCUCUUGGAAAUCUUGUUUUAAUGAAGGGAAGGUCGUGCAUCUGAAGUGGUAAAUGCCCUAAUGUUAUAAACAAUGCAUCCUAAGCAAUGAAGGGGAAACUAGUGAUUUCCAGAACAAGAGAACUACCGGUAUCUUUGGGAAGCCAGCUCCACCUCAGCUGAGUUGCUCUGGAAAUAGGCCAGAGCAAACUGCUUUGCCUCCAUUUUGAGGGAAACCCCCCGAGGACUGUCCUAUAAUUAGCUCUGUACGUGGAAGGGGCAGCCGCAGCUCCUGCAAAGCCUGGCACUGAGCCUGAGGGGAUCAGUCAAAAAUGUUCAGUCAAAAGCAGUGCUUGGAUGAGAAUUUCAGAAAGCAGCAGAGCUCUUUCCUCCAGUGACCAGGCGUCACAGUGGUGGCCUGUUACCCAAACCAGAACAAGUUGCAGAGACGUUCAUAAGAUCAAGUGGGCUGUCGUAAGGAGGGGCGUGCGCAGGAGGAGAGAGUAUAGCCCCACUUUGGUCAUGAUAUGGAAUGCCUGUGGUAGGAUUGCCAGAUUGCAACAGGGGAACCUAUGUUUUAACUUUUGAUACUGAUAAUGUAGUGCAGUUCUCUUCCCACUAAGCUGCUCCUAUAAUAUUCUGUUCAGUCCAGUGUUUGCCUGUCUUUGCAUCCUCUAUGGCAGAGUCACUUCACAGAGAACAAGGUAAAGGUAAAAGCCCCCUGGACGGUUAAGUCCAGUCAAAGGCGACUAUGAGGUUGUGGUGCUUAUCUCGCUUUCAGGCUGAGGGAGCCACCGUUUGUCCACAGAUAGCUUUCCGGGUAAUGGCCAGCAUCAUUAAACCGCUUCUGGCGCAAUAGGACACCAUUAUGGAAACCAGAGCACAUGGAAACACCAUUUACCUUCCCGCCGCAGGGGUACCUAUUUAUCUUCUCGCACUGGCAUGCUUUUGAACUGCUAGGUUGGCAGAAGCUGGGACAGAGCUCACCCCUUCGUGGGGAUUCGAACCACUGACCUUCUGAUCGGCAAGCCCAAGAGGCUCAGUGGUUUAGACCACAGCGCCACCCGCGUCGCUACAGAGAACAACAUAUCACAGUAUACAGUGGUAUCUUGGUUCUUCAAACGCCUUGGUUCCCAAAUGCGAAAACCUGGAAGUGUUCUGGUUUUUGAAUGUUUUUUGGAAGCCAAACGUCCAUUGCGGCUGUCGGCUAUUGUUUCCGGGGUGCCUGCACCAAUCAGAAGCUGCACCUUGGUUUUCAAACAUUUCGAAAGUCAAACGGACUUCUGGAACGGAUUAGGUUUGGCGCUUUUGUUUUUGCUAUUUAUUUUGCAUUUUUGAGGCUUUUUUGGUUAAUUUGUUUUUGUGAUUGUGUGGAACCCAGUUCAGCUACUGAUUGAUUGUGUGACUGCGGAAAUGGAUAAAAGCCACCCAUCCAAACAAUGACUAUCAUCAGUGCUGGUAGGAAAGAAAAAUAAUUUUAAUAUCAUCUGUAGUACUGUCUUAUUUAUUUUAUAGUACAGUACAUUGAUUAUUUCUUUCAUUUUAUGGGUCAAUGGUCUUGUUAGAUAGUAAAUUUCAUGUUAAAUUUCUGUUUUAGGGGUUGUUUGUAAAAGUCUGGAAUGGAUUAAUCCGUUUUGCAUUACUUUCUAUGGGAAAGCGCACCUUAGUUUUGGAACGGACUUCCGGAAUGGAUUAAGUUUGAGAACCAAGGUACUACUGUAUUAUAAUUAUAGUUAUAAUUAUUUUUAUUUUUAUACUGCCCUUCAUCUGAGGCUCAUAGGGUGCUUUGCAGUGUAAAACACAAAAAUACAUAACCUAAUAACAAACAAAACAGUACCCCAACACACACACAAUUUAAAAAGCCAUAGAUUGUUUAAUUAGCCGAAGACCUUGAUGAAUAGGGACGUUUUUACCUGGUGUUUAAAGACAUGUAACGAAAUCGCCAGGAAGCCUCCCUGGGGAGAGCAUUCCACAAGUGGGGAGCCACCACAGAGAAGGCCCAUUUUCAUGUUGUCGCCAUAUGGACCUCUCAUGAGGGGGGCACAUGAAGAAGGGCCUCAAACGCAGAGAUGGCUAGAUGGACUGGGAAAAUCAGAAAUCGGGAGGAUCAAAACUUCAAUAGAGAAUGGGACAAAUGUAGAUUGUAUUUGCGUGACCAGGCGGCGACAGCCCCAGCCCCCAAGGAUCAUAAGGAAGCAAUAAAGACUCUGACGUUAUAUGGAAUUAAAAUUAGGCCACAACUUUAUUAAACUUCCGAAUGUAGGAAGACCUUGGCUUAGGCCUUGGGUUUGUAUCACUCCCACCCCCCCAGCCAGGGGGAACUGGGGCUCAUCAGGAUAAAUGGGAUAUGGGGGUGCUCUGCGAGACUUAAGUGUAGCAGGCAGCCAAGCCCAUAUCCCCGCACGCAGGGUAGUUCGCUGAUGACCUUUCAGUGUAUGGCCAGUGACACCCAUAUAUAUAACGCCUUUAAGAGGGGGACCCUGGAAUCGCCACCACAGGGGGGUGAGUCACCACCCCCACCCCCAAUAUAGGGAAGAAAAGACUAAAGGAUUCCACCCAAGGCCAUAACCGCCAAAGUUGUGACGAAUUGCUGUAGGGAAGACAAAACCUGCCAGUGCAGGAAAAUUUCUUCCCCGGUCCUUCAACAGCAACCAGUCAAAGACCGAUGCAGUGCCUGCUAAACAGGAAUAAAAAGUUAACCUGCAAACAAGAAACAUUAAACUAAGGGAGGGUAGGGAGGGUGAAUCUCCAGAGCAGACUGCCUGGCUAUUGUCGGCUCCACCCCACAUUUAAAAAUGGGGCUGGCCCCACCUCCCAGCAAGAAAAUUGAUUACUGAGGCUGGGCAUGAUCCUCCAAAAAUUAACACUGAGAGGCAAGCCAGCCCCUGUUUGCCAGUAAGCUCCCUGGGAACUGUAGCACCACACGCGAUCCCGCAAAGGGCACCCACAAUGUAAAGUGGGAGUGCUCAUUAAAAGCACACUGUAAACACUUGAACUCUUUGGCAGGCUUCGAAUAACUCUUGCAAUAUUAUAAAGACUUUGGAUAUUUUGGAGGACUAUAAUUCAGAUGAACUAUAAUAUGCAGAUGAUUAAGAUAUUUAAAGGACCCACAAAGUGGUGGAGGGAAGUCCUAAGAUUCAGAAAAAUCUUGUUUUAUUUCAAAAUUUAAUUGUGUGAUUUAUUUUGUAAAACCAAUAUAAAUAUUUCCAAAAAAAAGAAGAAAAAAAAUCUCACCAAAGAUCACCCUCACCAUGAAUUUACAGAGUGGUCUUAACCUAAGCUAGAAAUUAUUUCAGUAUCAGACGUCUCCAAACCUCUGCCAGACUGUAAAAUGAAGAUAACCAGUCCUUUUUUUCUGGGGGGAUGCAGGCGCAGGGGUACACGUACCCCUCAACAUUUUGUGAAUCUUUGUACUUUUGUCCAUUUACUGUAUUUAUUUUCCCCCAAUUUGAACUAUAAAAUGGUGAUUUUCUUGAGUCAAAAUGAGAGUACCCCUAAACAUUUUUAUUUUUUUUUUUAGAAAAGCAUUGGAGAUAAUACUUGUCUGUUCCCACAGAGUUCUUAUAAAGCUUUUCAUUUUUAGAAAAGGGAUGCUGGACUAGAUGGAUCCUUAGUCUGAUCCACCAGCGCUACUGUAAUUCAAAGCGGUGUUCAAACCCAAUGGAAACAACUAAAUAUUUGUGUUGUUGUUUUUUCUGUCUAUUUAUCUUGCUCGCUCAUUCCUUCGGAAAGGGCAGCUUGGAGUGUUUAUUUCCACAUUUUGUUCCCAAUCUUUGCAUAAGCUUACAUCUAACAAAAAAGUGUCCUUUAAAAGUGCCAGAACCAUACUGGUCUUCGAAAGCAUACUGUCUCCAAGCAGUUGCUAUGAAAUAGUGGGUGGACAUAGCAGACGACACAGAGAUUUCUCUAAGUAG